GGGCGAACUCUUAUUGAUUUAAGGUGAAAUAUGCGUAUUGUAGGUGGCUGUUUGUCGGUGAUCUUGUUCAACAAUAUUAUCAAAGUGCUUGCUAAAUGAAUUAAUUUGGUUUGUGAUCCAGUGUGAGUGAAUAAUAUAUUUUUAAAUGAGGAAAUUAGAUUAUCAGGAAACAUGGAAGGCCGAAGGAUUAGAAGCUCAACUAGAAGCUGCCCGUGAUGAUCUCCGUGGUCUUGAUCGGAGCAUUCGUAAAAUCUUAGGCCGAGAUCUUCCUGAUGGCGAAAAUGGCCCAUUACAACCACCUAGAAUAUCUCAAAAACGACCACUACAAGAGGAUCGUCGACGAAUGGUGACAGAGGUUAUGAAUAAUGAAUUAUCUGGUGGUAAACGACGUUGGCAAAGUUCCAAUACUGAACCAAAAACAGUAUUUAGCCGACUAAGUGCACGAGUUCCAUCUAAUGCAGAUGACAGUGCUGAUGAAGAUGACAGUGUCAUCAAGCCUGCUGUGUCAUCUAGAGUAAUAGCUACUCCUCGAGAAAUUCCUUCACGUCAAGAAGUUAUCAGACGAGAAAGAACAGAUGAACGUAGUAGACAAAGAAAUAAACGCAUGUUUGGUGCACUUUUGGGUACUUUACAAAAGUUUAGACAAGAAGAAACUAAACUUAAAGCAAAGGAAGAUAAAAAAGCUGAAGUAGAAGCUAGAGUAGAAGAAGCUAAGAGAAGAGAGAAAGAAGAAUUACGAAGGGAAAGACAACAAUUGUUUUUGUCACGGAAACGACAGUUGGCUGAAGUACGAGCGUUAGAGAUAAAACUUGCGCGAAGUCGGCAGUUUCAAGAUUGGCGCAAUGCACAAUUAUUUCUUGCCUCGUUUAUAAAAACACGCGCACAACCUUCCAUUUACUAUGUACCAAAACGCAAGCAUCCACAGACAGAGUUAUUAUUAGCACAAUCCACAAAAGAACUCUACGAGGAAAUUGAAAAAAGAGAAAAGAUAUUGAUUGAACAAUUAAAUUUAAUUGAGGCCCAAAUAGGAUUAGGCAAACAUUCACAGAAUUUUGAUGGAUCUGCAUCUUUAAAUACUGUAGUACCUUCACGCUCUUUGGAAGAUGGUGAAGAAAAUCGAGAUCCUAAUCCAGAACAUAGCAUUGAAGCUACGACCGAUAAUAAUGCUGCUGUUUCAACAAUACAAUCUAUAAUAAGUGAAACUUUUGAUGACGAUCAGGAUAUGGAGAAAAAAGAUGAAGUACAACUCGACCAGGUCCAACAAGAUAAAAAAAAUGGCUAAUAUCCAUUAUAAUAAAAAGAGUUGUACAUACAUUGUGCAUUGAAUGGUCCAAAACAAAAUAAUUUUCAUAGUAGGUCCUUUGACAAUUGUUUUAAUUAAUAAUUAAAGGUAGCAUUAAAAACACAUUUUAAACUGUAAUCUUACCAUGUAAACUUGUAGUAUAAUCUUACAAAAAAAGGGGUCCCAUUUCUCUAUAAAAUAUCAAGAUAUUCCUGAACCUUUUA